CUUGGGCACCGUGCGCGCAGGCGCGCUGGCUCGCAGCUGGCUCCUGGCAGCCCUGGAAUUAGGCUUCGUCUGCCACGAUUGCGGGCAGUCGCGGACCGGCAGCCUCAGUGUCACCUGUGCACCUGUAGGAGCUGCCGAAGCUCCGCCGCGUCCCCAGACCUCUGCAGUCCCCGGGAGGCUCGUGUGCCCGGCACAGUCUGAGAAGUGCUGCUGGCCAUCGUUUGCUUCUGCACCACAGAAAAAGAAACUCGGGCGUGGGCAUGGGUUCUGUACCUUGCCUCAGGUUACGCUUGAAGUGCCGUGUGCAUCCAAGCUCAAGGUUGUCCUGGCCAGACCGUUAAGGUCGUCCAGUGCAGGUGGCAGAAGAUUCUGGGCAUCCGGCCCUCACCAGGAAGCACAGGCCUUGUUGGACGCCUGCCUUCUCCUCCCACAGGCUUAUCAGUUGUCAGUUACUCCCAGCCUCAUAUCAAGUCCCGCAUUGUUCCUGGUGCACUGCCUUGGAGAUUCCCAGGCUUUGUUUUAUGGACCAGCGCUUUCAGUGGAAGCAUUGUAGAAGCGCUUAGAGGGCUGGGUUCCAGCAGAGUUGGCUGUGAUCCCUGCUACUAACUGUUCCUUCUCCCUCAGGGACCAGAAUGGCAAGACGGCAGGUGGCCACGAGCCCUGCUCAGUGCUCUUGGGGCUGAGGCUGGGGCUGGCAGCCAUGGGGCUGCCUCAUCCCCAGGCCUGGUUGUUGGGCCUCCCCACGGCAGUGGUCUAUGGCUCCCUGGCCCUCUUCACCUCCAUCCUGCACAAUGUGUUCCUGCUCUACUACGUGGACACCUUUGUUUCCGUGUACAAGAUCAACAAAGUGGCCUUCUGGGUCGGAGAGACGGUGUUUCUGCUCUGGAACAGCCUCAACGACCCCCUCUUCGGCUGGCUCAGUGACCGCAAGUUCCUCAGCUCCCAGCCCGGGUCAGGCACUGGGCUCUCCUCGAGGGCCGUGGUGCUGGCCCGGGUUCGGGCGCUGGGCUGGCACGGGCCGCUGCUGGCGCUGUCCUUCCUGGCAUUCUGGGUGCACUGGGCCCCAGCCGGCCUGCAGUUCUUGCUGUGCCUGUGCCUCUAUGACGGCUUCCUGACGCUCGUGGACCUGCACCAUCACGCCUUGCUGGCUGACCUGGCCCUGUCGGCCCACGACCGCACCCACCUCAACUUCUACUGCUCCCUCUUCAGCGCGGCUGGCUCCCUCUCUGUCUUCGCCUCCUACCCCUUCUGGAACAAGGAGGACUUCUCCUCCUUCCGUGCCUUCUGUGUGGCACUGGCUGCCGGCUCUGGGCUGGGCUUUCUAGGGGCCACACGACUGCUGAGGCGGCGGGUCGAAGUGGCCAGAAGGGAGCCAGGGUGCUCAGCCCUGGCUGUGGACGGCGGCCAGUGUGAAGAGGAGCUGCUGGUGGGCGCUGAAGAAGCGGGCAGCAUCACCUUGGGCCAGUACCUCCGGCAGCUGGCACGCCACCAAAACUUCCUGUGGUUCGUGGGCAUGGACCUGGUGCAGGUCUUCCACUGCCACUUCAACAGCAACUUCUUCCCCCUCUUCCUGGAGCAUCUGUUGUCGGACCAAAUCUCCCUCUCCACCGGCUCCUUCCUGUUGGGCAUCUCCUAUGUCGCUCCCCAUCUCAACAACCUCUACUUCCUGCCCCUGUGCCGUCGCUGGGGCGUCUACGCCGUGGUGCGGGGGCUCUUCCUCCUCAAGCUGGGCCUCAGCCUGCUCAUGCUGGCGGCGGGCCCGGACCACCCGGGCCUGCUCUGCUUCUUCAUCGCCAGGUAUGCCCCUGCCCCGCCCGGGCCCUGCACCCCACCCCGCCCUUUCAUCCCGCCUGCUCUCCCUACUGGCAGCAACCGCGUCUUCACUGAGGGCACCUGCAAGCUGCUGACCCUGGUGGUCACGGACCUGGUAGACGAGGACCUGGUAUUGAACCACCGCAAGCAGGCGGCCUCAGCGCUCCUCUUUGGCAUGGUCGCCCUGGUGACCAAACCAGGCCAGACUUUCGCUCCACUCCUGGGCACCUGGCUACUCUGCUUCUAUACAGGUCAUGAUCUCUUCCAGCAGCCCCCAAUGACCCCAGUGGGGAGUGCCCACCCCUGGCCAGAGCCCCCAGCCCCAGCCCCGGCGCGGGCCCCAGCGCUCCGCCAGGGCUGCUUCUACCUAUUGGUGCUGGUGCCCAUCACCUGUGCACUGCUGCAGCUCCUCACCUGGUCUCAGUUCACGCUGCACGGGAGACGCCUGCACAUGGUCAAGGCCCAGCGCCAGAACCUGGCUCAGGCUCAAAGCUUGGAUGUUAAGACGGUGUGAGAGGUGCAGCAAGGCUGCCCUGUGGACAACAGCGCCCACAUCCUGGGGCAGGUGCCACUUUUGCCAGCUGCAUCCUGCUCCUCUACCAUCAGCUACAGGACAGAUGGUGGGAGGAGCACCUGGGGCCGAGCCAGGAACGUCACUGAGGGCCAAGAGCCUGCUUGGCCUGGGCAAGGGCUGGGCCCUAUAUGCUCAGGGGCCUGCUUCUCUUGGGGGGCAGAAAGAUGAGGGCUCAGAGGAUGGGGCUGCUGGGUGGCACACACAGGGUAACUGUGGGGCCUAGGGCCCUGUCCCGCCGCCUGGGUGGGGCUGGCUGUCCUCGUGGGCUCAGGAACCACUUUUGGUACUGCAGCUGCUCCAUUUGCCUAGUCAGGGGAAGCGGACUGUACGUCUCACCCUCGCCCUCCUGCCAUUCUUCUGGUGGUUUCUCCGAGGGUUCUUUGCUUCAGCUGUGCUGGAAGGGGCAUGUUCUCUGCUACAGGGCUCUCACCCCAGCAGGUCUCUGAAGAGCCGCAUCUCAUGACAGCCGAUUAAAGCCAGUCAUUCCUAA